CAAAAAAUGGCAUGUAAUCAUCUAUACUUCUUAGAAAAGAAGAAAAUUGUCUUGUGCCUGAGGCAUAGCAACAGUGAUUGAAACUGAGAUAAGACAAUUUGUAUUUUUUUUUUUUUAUAGAAAACAUUACUGAAAUGUUUUAGAAGUUGGAAUUUUGAAUAAGUUAUCGCGUAGAGAUUGGAUCCAAGAAUUAAGGUGAAUAACGUAUCUUUACAGCCAUGCAUGGAAAACAGUUUUUUCAUUUUUAUAUUACAUUUUAGUAUUUGCUUUCCGCAAGAUGCAGUGUGAGUCAGCUAUGGAAAAGCAAAAUGAAACAUACAUUACAGAAUUCAUCCUUCUGGGAUCUGGUGAUUUACCUGACCUUCAGGUUCCUCUCUUCCUGCUCUUCCAGGACAUCUACAUGGUGAUAAUGAUGGUGAACAUUCUCAUCCUCAUGCUGGCAGUGGAUUAUCAGCAUCUCCACAUCCCAGUGUACUUCUUCCUCAGUAACUUGUGCUGCUUGGAAAUGUGGUAUGCCUCCACCAUCCUGCCCAAGCUGCUGGUCAGCUUCCUGACAGUAUUAUUUCCUACAGCACUUGCAUGACAGUUUUAAAUGUUUGCAUUUCUAGUUGGGGUAGUGUAUUACCUCCUGACAGUGAUGUCAAUGAUCAGAUACUUAGCAGUAUGCAAACCUUUACAUUACAUCACCCUAAUGAGUCAUAAGCUUGGCACAGGACUAGCUGCAGGAGCCUGGGUAAGUGGUUUUAUGAUCAGCUUUUUUAUCAUACUGUUGAUGUCACAAAUGGUGUGCUGUGAUCAUGGUGAAAUGGACCAUUUCAUCUGUGAUUUUGACUCUGUGAUAAAAUGCUCCUGCAGUGACACAUUUCUGAUAGUUUUAACACCUUUGGUGUUUGCUACGUGUACUCUGCUGUCCUUUCUUUUCACUAUAGCAUUCUGUAUUUUAAUCAUCAUAGAAUCACUGAGUCAUCGAAAGGUUUAGGUUGAAAGGGACCUUAAAGAACAUCUAGUUCCAACCCAAAA